AUGGCGUAUGAGAAAGAACUCAAAGUCGCCCAGCUGGCAGUCGCCCGCGCGGCGAUCCUCACGAAAUCGGUGUUCCACCAAAAGGCGAAAGGCACUGUAUCAAAAGACGACAAAUCACCCGUGACCAUUGGCGACUUUGGAGCACAAGCACUCAUCAUUUCCGCAAUCAAGCACAACUUCCCGUCGGACGAAGUGGUGGGUGAAGAAGAAGCAUCGUCGCUCCGAGAGCAAAAAGACCUUUCCUCGACGAUCUGGGAGCUGGUCAAGGACGUGAAACUGGACGACGCCGAAAGCGAUGCAUUGCUCGGCGGACCGAUCAAGUCUGAGGCGGCCAUGCUGGACACCAUCGACAUGGGCAACAGCGCCGGCGGCAACAAAGGCCGCAUCUGGGCGCUCGACCCCAUCGACGGCACCAAGGGAUUCCUCCGUGGUGGGCAGUACGCCGUGUGUCUGGCGCUCAUUGUCGACGGAGACGUCAAGGUCGGCGUGCUAGGCUGUCCGAAUCUGCCGGUCGACGACCGCGCCCCGUUGACCGAAGACAUUGGCUCCGCGGCCACCGAUGAAGAAGGCAAAGGCGUUUUGUUCGCCGCCGUGUCAGGCCAGGGCGCGACCUCACAGCCGCUCACGCGUGGCGCCGUGUCUCAGGGCCAGCCUAUCCAUGUCAGCAAGAUUUCAGAUGUCAGCCAGGCUGUCAUGUGCGAAUCCGUUGAGCCCGGCCAUAGCUCGAAGGGGGACAAUGCCUUGAUUGCCCAGAAGCUCGGUAUCACUGCCAAACCUGUCCAGAUGGACAGCCAGGCCAAGUAUGGUUCCGUCGCCCGCGGCGCUGGUGACUUGUAUCUUCGUCUUCCGGUGCGCAAGGACUAUAUCGAGAAGAUCUGGGACCAUGCCGCUGGCGAUCUGAUCGUCCGUGAGGCAGGUGGGCACGUCACCGAUGUCCAGGGCAAGAGACUCAACUUUGGCCUGGGAAGGACGCUUACGGAGAAUAAAGGUGUCGUUGCGGCUCCGAAGAAUGUUCAUGGUCAAGUCCUCCAGGCUGUUCAGGAGGUGUUGAGCAGCAAAUGA